UUUUGUCUGUGCGGAAGCGGUGGUUCUGUGCUUAGCAAUAGACAUGGUCCAGGAAGGAUACAUAUGUCAUAAACUCUGAAUAUCGUUUCGUAUGAAUAGUUAUGUUAAUUGUCGAGGUGCCGACACAUUGAAUGAUCAGUAGGAUGACUUAUUUAGCAGAGUGGGACUGAACAUUCUAGUGAGCUAGCGAGAGCUGCAGUGCAAUGCAAAGCAAAGCAUAGUGAACAAGGUAAUGUUGUUGUGAAGGGAAUUUAGCUUCUAACUAACUAGCUAAUUCAUUACAAAGCGGAUAAUGAUGGUUGGUGACUCGCUGUGAAUAAGUGAAGUCCAUAGUAUAAAAGAGGAAAGCAUGGCGUUUUCAGGGCAAAAAGCCCUCUCUCAACUGAUGAGAAUGCACACGUUGCUGAGUUUUGCACUUGUGAUGCGGCUACUGCUGGUCGGGUUUGGGAUUUAUCAGGACAGAACAAUGAUCGUGAAAUACACAGAUAUCGAUUACCAUGUGUUUACAGAUGCGUCAAGAUACCUCACUCAGGGUGAGUCUCCGUACAACAGGUCCACUUAUCGCUACACUCCCCUUCUAGCCUGGAUGCUGACCCCCAACAUCUACCUGACGUUCGUCUUCGGGAAGCUGCUGUUCGUGGCGUGCGACGUGCUAACGGGCGUGCUCAUCCAGCGGCUGCUCCUGCUGCGCGGCCUCUCGACGGAGGCGGCCGGCCUCCACAGUGCCCUCUGGCUGCUGAACCCGCUCCCCGCGGGCGUGUCCACGCGCGGGAACGCCGAGUCCCUGCUGUCGGCGCUGGUGCUGGGGACGUUGUUGUGUCUGGAGCGGAGACGGACGCUGGCCGCCGCCCUGCUCUACGGACUGGCCGUGCACAUGAAGAUCUACCCGGUGACGUACGCGCUGCCCAUCGCCCUGUCCCUGCAGGCGAGGGAGCCGGGAGGGGGCCCGUCCGGCGGGAAGAGGAGCGGGACGCUCUGGCCGUUUGUCCGCAGGCUGUUGAACAGAGACCUCCUGAUGUUCGCCUUCGUCUCUGGAGGGCUUUUCUGUGGACUCACUCUAGUGUUCUAUCGCAUGUACGGCUGGGAAUUCCUCCACGAGACCUACCUGUACCACCUGACCCGGCGCGACAUCCGGCACAACUUCUCGCCGUACUUCUACCUGCUGUACCUGACGGCGGAGAGCGCAUGGAGCCCGGCGCUGGGCGUAGCUGCCUUCCUGCCCCAGGCCGCGCUGCUGCUCCUGACCUCGCUGGCCUUCCACGCUGACCUGGUCCUCUGCUGCUUCCUCAACACCGCCAUCUUCGUCACCUUCAACAAAGUCUGCACCUCGCAGUACUUCCUGUGGUACCUGUGUCUGUUGCCGCUGGUUAUUCCCCACCUCACUUUGUCUCUCAAGAAAGGAGUUGGGAUGCUGGCGCUCUGGUUUGCUGGACAGGCCAUUUGGCUGGCUCCAGCGUACUACCUGGAGUUUGAGGGAUGCGACGCGUUCCUCCUCAUCUGGCUCGCUGGACUGCUCUUCCUCAGUAUCAACACUUACAUCAUGGUCACAAUCAUCUCCCAUUACAGGCCACUGUCUAUCAAGAAGAGGCCCAAAACGGACUGAAUUGUCAGAGAAAAAGAUGUUUGGUUGGAGUUGUCACUACAUAGAGAGAAACGGACGUUUGGUGCUCGGACUGAGUUGUCACCACAUGCAAAGAAACAGACCUUUGGUUCUGUGUUUGUUCCCUUGUGGGCCUGUGCCUUUUGUGGUGCUCCGCAGAUCUAAAAAUGGAGUGGCUUACACAUUUGGCUGCAAACAACUAGGUCAUGCCCUCGAUGACCCUGAUGGUGCAGUACAAGGAAUAACCAGUAGAUGGCACACUGUUCACAAGAGUGAGGCUAUUCAUGCACUUAUUAGUACAUUCAGGAUGUAAACAAUAACAUCACGGAGAGGGAAGACAACAAGCAGCAGUGUGCAUGGACUUGCGUGUUGUUCCGGCUCAAAACUCUUCUCUGUUUCUCUCUGUACAUUGGGCCCGGUGUAAAACUGGCUGAAUAACCUCUUUGAGAUGUUCUGAUAGAGAUGAACGGAAUGGCGUGGACAUGAGGGGAUGAUGGGUCUGAACAGAAGGAUAUUAAGGUGUUCUGCUGGAGAGAGAACGUGUGUGUUGAAGAGAGAGGGGCCCUAGAGAUGCAGGGCUGAAAGAAAUCCAAAAUACAUUUUAGCACCAAAUAUAUUUAACCACAUAAACUGAGUUAGUCAGAUGAAGGCCCUUCGUCAGAUCAAGCUCUUGACUACUGCCCCUUAAAGUGCUGUUCCGGAAGCGUCCACUAAGGGGCAGUGGCUGCCCAGUGAAGGUCUUGAGCAGAGCUGCAUAUCCUUGCAUGCCCUCCGGGGUACUCGGGGCAGUACAGCGUGAGGGCAACUCCAAACAAACAGUAAUGGAGACUGCUUCUGCUGCUUUUCUGCCCCGCUGGAGGUUAGGACCAGAUAAGUCCCUCUAUUUUGGGCGGCCAGUUGGAGCGGUCCAGAGGAAUCAUCUCCUCUAGAGUCGACUUGUGCAACCUUUUGACCCAAAACUCUGUACGCGCCUGGGUGCCCUGCUGUAAAGAAAAGGUCUUGGGGGAAAUAAAUCAUAGGGACUGGUC